AUGACGCCCAACCUGGCCCCAUAUAAGCUGAGGGGCCCCAGCCCACAGCCUAAAGCAGUCGUCCAGCGCAGUCCGUCCGGCAUGGCCCAGCUGGCCCACUGCGUGCGCCCCACCUUUAGCCUCCACUGCUGCCUCCUCUUCCUUCUAGCUUCUCGAGAGGCAGGUGCUAUCACAUUUCAAAAACUUCACAAAGCUGGUGAAUCUCCAACAUCUGAUCAUUUAUCCCCUCCUACUCCAGGCCUUGUUUAUAGUACCCCCUCUGACCAUGCUGCUCUUCAUUCAAGACACAGCCCUCCAGACCGCUCUAAACUUACAGAAACACAUCAGCCCAAACACCAUUGCAAUACCACACAUCAUCUCAAGUUUAUUCACAAACCUACUGAUAAUCCCAAAAGCUCUACAACUCAUCAUGUAGCUCCUCCCACUUCUGAACAAAACCACAGCAAUCAAAGAAAAGACCCAAUUAUCCGGAAUGGACGCUCUGUUGAUUCGGCUGACUCCACUGAAACACACAAAAAAUUGUCUGAUACCAAAUUUCCAACUCAAAAACCCAAGAGCAAAACAACCUGUUCUAAGACCACGAAAAGCAAAACAGUAACAAGAAACCAAAAUACAAGUGUAACACCAUCAGAAAUUACCACCAUUACUUUAGAUAGUAAAAGAACCACCUCACCAAUGCCUACGGAAAAUGGACAACAGAGCACAUCGGCUCAUGAAAAGAUCACAGCACCCCCAGCAAUGCCUACGGAAAAUGGACAAUGGAGCACAACAGCCCAUGAAAAGAUCACAACACCCCCAGCAAUGCCUACGGAAAAUGGACAAUGGAGCACAACAGCCCAUGAAAAGAUCACAACACCCCCAGCAAUGCCUACGGAAAAUGGACAAUGGAGCACAACAGCCCAUGAAAAGAUCACAACACCCCCAGCAAUGUCUACGGAAAAUGGACAAUGGAGCACAACAGCCCAUGAAAAGAUCACAACACCCCCAGCAAUGCCUACGGAAAAUGGACAAUGGAGCACAACAGCCCAUGAAAAGAUCACAACACCCCCAGCAAUGUCUACGGAAAAUGGACAAUGGAGCACAACAGCCCAUGAAAAGAUCACAACACCCCCAGCAAUGCCUACGGAAAAUGGACAACAGAGCCCAUCGGCUCAUGAAAAGAUCACAACACCCCCAGCAAUCCCUACGGAAAAUGGACAAUGGAGCACAACAGCCCAUGAAAAGAUCACAACACCCCCAGCAAUGUCUACAGAAAAUGGACAAUGGAGCACAACAGCCCAUGAAAAGAUCACAAUACCCCCAGCAAUGCCUACGGAAAAUGGACAACAGAGCACAUCGGCUCAUGAAAAGAUCACAGCACCCCCAGCAAUGCCUACAGAAAAUGGACAAUGGAGCACAACAGCCCAUGAAAAGAUCACAAUACCCCCAGCAAUGCCUACGGAAAAUGGACAACAGAGCACAUCGGCUCAUGAAAAGAUCACAACACCCCCAGCAAUGUCUACAGAAAAUGGACAAUGGAGCACAACAGCCCAUGAAAAGAUCACAGCACCCCCAGCAAUGCCUACAGAAAAUGGACAAUGGAGCACAACAGCCCAUGAAAAGAUCACAAUACCCCCAGCAACGCCUAUGGAAAAUGGACAACAGAGCACAUCGGCUCAUGAAAAGAUCACAGCACCCCCAGCAAUGCCUACAGAAAAUGGACAAUGGAGCACAACAGCCCAUGAACAGAUCACAACACCCCCAGCAGUGCCUACGGAAAAUGGACAAUGGAGCACAACAGCCCAUGAAAAGAUCACAAUACCCCCAGCAACGCCUACGGAAAAUGGACAACAGAGCACAUCGGCUCAUGAAAAGAUCACAGCACCCCCAGCAACGCCUACGGAAAAUGGACAAUGGAGCACAACAGCCCAUGAAAAGAUUGCAACACCCCCAGCAAUGCCUACGGAAAAUGGACAAUGGAGCACAACAGCCCAUGAAAAGAUCACAACACCCCCAGCAAUGUCUACAGAAAAUGGACAAUGGAGCACAACAGCCCAUGAAAAGAUCACAUCCCCAGCAAUGCCUACAGAAAAUGGACAAUGGAGCACAACAGCCCAUGAAAAGAUCACAACACCCCCAGCAAUGCCUACGGAAAAUGGACAACGGAGCACAACAGCCCAUGAAAAGAUCACAACACCCCCAGCAAUGUCUACGGAAAAUGGACAACAGAGCACAUCGGCCCAUGAAAAGAUCACAACACCCCCAGCAAUGCCUACGGAAAAUGGACAAUGGAGCACAACAGCCCAUGAAAAGAUCACAACACCCCCAGCAAUGUCUACGGAAAAUGGACAACAGAGCACAUCGGCCCAUGAAAAGAUCACAACACCCCCAGCAAUGCCUACGGAAAAUGGACAACGGAGCACAACAGCCCAUGAAAAGAUCACAACACCCCCAGCAAUGUCUACGGAAAAUGGACAACAAAGCACAUUGGCCCAUGAAAAGAUCACAACAUCCCCAGCAAUGUCUACAGAAAAUGGACAACAGAGCACAUCGGCCCAUGAAAAGAUCACAACACCCCCAGCAAUGCCUACGGAAAAUGGACAACGGAGCACAACAGCCCAUGAAAAGAUUACAACCUCCCCAGCAAUGUCUACGGAAAAUGGACAACAGAGCACAUCGGCCCAUGAAAAGAUCACAACACCCCCAGCAAUGUCUACAGAAAAUGGACAACAGAGCACAACAGCCCAUGAAAAGAUUACAACCUCCCCAGCAAUGUCUACGGAAAAUGGACAACAGAGCACAUCGGCCCAUGAAAAGAUCACAACACCACCAGCAAUGUCUACAGAAAAUGGACAACAGAGCACAACAGCCCAUGAAAAGAUUACAACCUCCCCAGCAAUGCCUACAGAAAAUGGACAAUGGAGCACAACAGCCCAUGAAAAGAUCACAACACCCCCAGCAAUGCCUACAGAAAAUGGACAAUGGAGCACAACAGCCCAUGAAAAGAUCACAACACCCCCAGCAAUGUCUACAGAAAAUGGACAACAGAGCACAACAGCCCAUGAAAAGAUUACAACCUCCCCAGCAAUGUCUACGGAAAAUGGACAACAGAGCACAUCGGCCCAUGAAAAGAUCACAACACCCCCAGCAAUGCCUACGGAACGUGGACAACAGAAAACAUCGGCCCAUGAGAAGAUCACAAGAGGCUCAGAUAAGACUACAGAAUACCCAUCAAAGACCUCAGCAGCCACAGAGAAAAUCACAAAAGCCUCAGAAAAGCCUAUAGUACACACAAAGAAGAGCACACCUACCAAAAACACCACUCCAUUCCCAGCAAAGCCUAGUGAAAACUCAGAAAAGACCACACUGGCCACUGAGACCAUAAAAGGCUCAAUAAAGCCCACAGAAAACCCAGCAAAAAACACAGCAGCUACAGAGACUGUAAGAUCUCCAGUCAAGUUUACAGGAGACAAAUCUAUCACGACUUCCUGUUGUCAUCAAGAAAUGUCUGAGAGUACGCGUCUGGUGUCCAUUGGUUCUUUUACAGUUUCCACAUCCAGCAUGGAGCUGAGUUCUAUCCUGUCAGAAGCCCCAGGCAACAAGAGCCAUCCACACCAGAACAAACAUGGCUCACAGGGAGGUCUCCACGUUGGAGAGACAGGGGAGAGUGAUUCGUUUCCUCCGUGGGCCAUAGUUAUUGUGGUCCUGGUGGCUGUGAUUCUCCUGCUGGUGUUCCUUGGCCUGAUCUUCUUGGUCUCCUACAUGACACGAACACGCCGGGCGCUGACACACACCGCCGAGGACAAUGAUCCGGAGGACGACGGGGGCCCCAAUUCCUACCCGGUCUACCUGAUGGAGCAGCAGACUCUCGGCGUGGGCCAGAUCCCUUCCUCACGAUGA